AUGAUAUUCAAGAUGUCUGACCGCGAAGAGGACGACUCUGAUUCCAGUAGACGGACUAAGUUGAAUGGCUUGUCGAACCGUGAUACGGAAGAUGCACAUGAUAGGAAUCUUGAAGAAACCCUGAAUGCGUUUCUAGCUUCAUCGUUGCUUUCUCCUGAUGCUGACAGCUUGGCUGACAUAAGCCAAGUUGCAGGAGAAUACACAUCCCUGAACAACACCAUAGACGAGCUCAACAGAUACUUGGAUAGAUGGGAUGAGAGGCACGAGCAGCUGAGGGCACAUAUCAGAGAGGCCAUGAGGGCCAGCGAAGAGGAGAAUGAGUAUGUUGAGGAGAGUGACGACAUAGGAGCUGGUCAACAUCGUCAGCACGAAAGAUAG